UUCAUAUAUCUUCUGCGUUCCAGCCUGUCAUUUCAUCUUGAUGUCUGCAAUACUCUUUCAGAGCUGACAUGGAUAAUGCAAUUUCUGAUUCACAAUCCUGUGUGGCUACUAUAAAUGUACAGAGCCCUAAAGAACAAAAGAAGUCAAAGACAAAAACGAUGGAUGAUCAGAAGCUGAAUGAAAGAGGGAAAUGGAAUAACAAAAUUGAAUUUGUACUUUCCAUUGCAGGGACAAUCAUUGGCCUUGGCAAUGUCUGGAGAUUCCCCUACCUCUGCUAUAAAAAUGGAGGUGGUGCAUUUUUGAUUCCUUACCUCAUCUUCUUUUCUACAUGUGGAAUUCCUUUGUUUGUUCUGGAAACUGCACUUGGGCAAAGUACUGCUUCAGGAGGAUUAACAUGCUGGAGUAAAGUAUGUCCUCUUUUUGAAGGUAUAGGAUAUGCAACUCAAGUGAUUGUAAUAGUGCUGAAUCUAUAUUACGUCGUUGUUUUGGCUUGGACUUUCUUCUACCUCUUCAGCUCUUUUACUUCAGAACUGCCUUGGGCCAAAUGCAAUCACACUUGGAACACAGACAGCUGUGUAGAAUUCCAGAGUAUAAAUACAUCCUCCCAAUGGACAACCUUCAAGAAUGCUACCUCUCCUGUUAUAGAAUUCUGGGAGAAUCGUGUUCUACAACUUUCGGAUGGAAUUGACUCCCCUGGCAACUUGCGCUGGGACCUAGCACUGUGCCUUCUCCUUGCUUGGAUAAUCUGUUACCUCUGUACAAUAAAGGGUAUCAAAUCCAGUGGAAAGGUUGUAUAUUUCUCUGCCACAUUUCCUUAUGUGAUGCUAAUAGUUCUGCUGAUUAGGGGAGUUACCUUACCAGGGGCAGUAGACGGAAUUAAGUUCUAUUUGCAGCCAGACAUAUCAAAGCUAUCAGAGCCUCAGGUUUGGAUGGACGCAGGUACCCAGAUCUUCUUCUCGUAUGCCCUUUGUCUUGGAUGUCUAACAGCAUUGGGUAGUUACAACAAAUACAAUAAUAACUGCUACAAGGACUCCAUUGCCUUGUGUUUUCUUAAUAGUGGGACCAGCUUUGUAGCUGGUUUUGCCAUAUUCUCUAUUCUUGGGUUCAUGUCAUAUGAGCAGCAAGUACCUAUUUCUGAAGUGGCAGAGUCUGGACCUGGACUGGCAUUCAUUGCUUUCCCACGUGCUGUGACUCUGAUGCCGCUGUCUCCACUCUGGUCUUGCUGCUUCUUCUUGAUGAUUCUUCUCCUUGGGAUUGACAGUCAGUUUAUUGGCAUAGAAACUUUGGUGACAGCUGUGGUUGAUCUUUACCCCAAUGUAUUCAGGAAAGGAAAUCGUAGGGAACUCUUCAGUCUUGCUUUUGUAGUUCUUUCAUUCUUUGCAGGCCUUUCAAUGGUUACAGAGGGUGGAAUGUACGUUUUUCAGCUGUUUGAUUACUAUGCUGCUAGUGGAUCGUGCCUUCUGUUUGUGGCUGUGUUUCAAAGCGUCUGCAUUGCUUAUGUGUAUGGUGUAGAUCGUUUCUAUGACAAUAUUGAAGACAUGAUUGGCUAUAGGCCAGGACCUUUCCUCAAAUAUGCAUGGCUUAUUUUCACACCAGCUAUAUGUGGGGGUACCUUUCUCUUUUCCUUGAUAAAAUACAGUCCACUGAAAUACAACAGAACUUAUAUUUAUCCUCCGUGGGCUUAUGCUUUGGGGUGGCUCCUAGCUUUGUCAUCUAUUGUCUGCAUUCCACUUGUAGCCCUCUGGAAACUUACAACAGCCAAGGGUCCUUUCAGAAAACGUAUCUAUCAAUUAAUAGUGCCAGAUGAUGUCAUGUUGAAGAAAAGAAGAGGAAAGGAUAUGGAACCUGCCAAUGACUAUCACAAGACAGUCUCAAAAGAGCCUAGUGAAACUAUUCUAUCCCCUUGUCUGUUGGAGAACAACUCACAAGAUCCCAAACAACUUAUCACAACCUCAUUUUAAUAAAAGAUUCUUAAUAUAAUAAUAGAAAAGUAUAAAGCUCUUAAUAUGGUGGACCUAGCCAAAUGUCCAUUUCUGCACCGAACAUCACAAGAACACAUCUUCUCCCCAAAACAACAACCAUUGAAAGUCUACAUAAAAGAGCCAGGCAUGGUAAAUGAAAUGAGCAGGCUAAACAGCAGUCUCUGCAUACUGCAUAAAACAUCCAUGGAGGUAUUUGAUCACUUUUUUUCGAUCAGACAGCUCAUUUUUUAACAAAUAUACCGCUCCUCCAUCAUAAGCACUUUCUGCGGCCACAUUCUGUAAUCCAGAACAGCUCCCAGUGCCGUAUAUUUUGCUCACCUUUCCUUCAUUUUCAUUUUGGGAAGUGCCAAUGAGAACAGCAAGUAAGUCUGCUUCCAAACGUUGCUUCCACGUCAGGCCACCUCCUUCUUAUCUUUCCGUUUACUGCCUUAAAUUAACAAAGGUUUUGAAAGUGAAUUAUAUAAUUAAAUCCUAAACCAGAUGUUGGUAAUGUUGCUAGUACACUUUUGCUGUUUCUGAUUUUUCCUAAUUCCAUUCCAUGUUCAUUUAAAUUAACAGAUGUAAUAAUGACAUGACAGAGCAAUAAAACCGACAGCAUAUAUUAUGGUACUGGACAAUGUGCCAGAAAAAAUAAAAGGUUAAACUAUAAAUAUCUGAGUCAUAUUAAAUGCAUUUUCAAGAAAUAAUCACACUUUUUUUAAAAGGUUGAAAUUAGAUAGAACCAAUGCUUCUCUCUAUGUGCUUAUGUGAAACAUCAGUAAAAAAAUUUCAGCCCA